AUGUCCUCUUCGAUCAAUAUUCUCUCAACCAAACUCGGCCAGAACAUCUACGCCCAAACUCCCCCCUCCCAGACUCUCACUCUGACAAAUCACCUCCUACAAAAGAACCACGACACGCUGCACAUCUUUUUCCGCAAUCUAAACGGCCACAACCACCUGGUCCAUAACCUUCUCACUCGGCUAGUGCUGGGUGCAACCCCAGAGCAACUCCAAACCGCCUACGACGAUGACCUCCCUACUCAGCGCGCCAUGCCGCCUCUCGUCCCUUCUAUCGUGGAAAGGUUAUCUGACAACUCCUACUUCGAGUCCCAAAUUACACAGAUUGACCAGUAUACAAACUUCCUACGUUUCUUCGAAGCGGAGAUCGACCGACGAGACUCAUGGAAGGACGUCGUGAUAGAGUACGUCUUCUCGCGCUCGCCCAUUGCUGAGAAGAUCCUCCCGCUUAUGUACGACGGCGCCUUUCACUCAAUUAUUCAUCUCGGGCUUGGAGUCGAGUUCGAACAGCCGGGGAUCAUCGCUGAGGCAUUGGCGCAGGCGGCCGCGCACGACUCUUUUGGGACCGAUUACUUUUUCCUCACGGCCGAAAAGCGAGCUGCUGGGCGAAACGAAGAGGGAGAGACUCUCGUGAACCUUUUACAGAAAAUCAGGGACACACCCAAACUUGUCGAAGCCGGACGCGUCCAGGGCCUCAUUGGGACGAUGAAGAUGAGAAAGUCUAUUCUCGUCAAUGCAGCUGAUGAAAUAAUAGACAUUGCGUCGCGGUUUAAAGUCACCGAGGAAACGCUCGCGAGAAAGACUGCCGAGAUGCUAAACCUCUGUGCUUACUUGGCUGGUGCGUCGCAGAGGACGAAGGACGGGUAUGAGCCAAAGAUUGACUUUUUCUUCAUGCACUGCGUAACAAGCAGUAUCUUCUUCUCUAUUCUCGGGCGUCAGGACUGGAUUUCCAUGCGGGAUAGAGUAAGGUUAGUCGAGUGGAAGGGCCGGCUGGAUCUGAUGUGGUAUGCUCUCUGCGGUGUACCCGAGCUUGAUUUCGAAUUUGUGAGAACCUACAGGGGGGAGAGAACGGGGACUAUGUCCUGGAAGGAAUUGUUUGCGAUUGUUAAUGAGCAGCAUGAUGAUGGGCAUGUGGCGAAGUUUGUGCGAGCGCUGAAGAACGGGCAGGAGGUUUGCGGGCAGUUUGAGGAUGGAGAGGAGUUUAUGGUCAAGGGGGAUAUGUGGUUGAGGAUUGCGAGGAUGGCGUAUGAGACGACGAUUGAGACGAACAUGCAAAAUCGGUGGGUGGUUAUGGCAGGCAUGGACGGGGCUUGGAAGGACUUCAAAGUGCAGUCGUCUGAUUGA